AUGGGGACGCUGGACCCGUUGUCGGCCCCGUUGAAUGUUCGUCGCCCAGCGGCCCCAACGCUGCCGAGCUUCGAGCUCCCACCACCACCGUUCACCUUGGCUACCGCCCCCAAACUCGCAGGUCAACCGAGCCAUCCUCCCAUCGCCCAUCCUGCGAAUGUGAGCGUGGGGAACCUGUUAACGCCACCCGCGACCAUUCAGCCCGGGGAGCACGCCACACCCCAACCCUUGGCGCCAUCAACUGGCGCGCCCGACCUGCCACCAACAUAUUGGCCGGCCAGUCCAUACGGAAAUUGGGGUUCCACUGUGAAUGCCUAUCCAGCGCGCAGCUCCUUCUCACCCUCUGCCGGCAUGCAGGUGCGCUCGUCCGUCACUUCACCACCUUCCACCGAUGGACUCCCACAUCCAUACGAGGCCCCUUCGGUAUCUUAUCAAUCAUACCAAGCUCUCCCCGCACCAGCAACAAUGCCUCCUACCGCCUCACAACCCGCCAUGGCAAUGUACCCCGGGGGACCCGCCACAUCCCCAGCUCCACUCCCAUCUAACGAUCCCUAUGCCGCCAAACACCAGCAUAUGUAUGCCGCGUCUCCCCCAAUGACCAGCCCACACCAAGCGGGCUUCCCCAUGUACGGCUCUGCAGGCCUCGGAAUUCACCCACCAGGCCGAGUCCCCGUUCACAGCCCAUCCGCCGGCCAACCACCACUGGGCUACCCGCGCCAGCCCUGGCCCUCCUACUCACUCCCCGCCAUGAACGGUCCCGUCAUGACCAACGUGCACAGCCCCGGCGGCCCCAUGUCCAUGAUGGGCGGCAUGCAGCCUGGUCUUUUACCUGGAUUCAACAGCGGCCAUAUAGCCAGCUCUCAGCAUUUAUAUGGAAGCCAUGCACCACCGCAUGGCAUGUCCGCUCCAGCGGCUGAUCGGCCGUUCAAGUGUGACCAGUGUCCUCAAAGCUUUAACCGAAAUCACGACCUAAAACGCCACAAGCGAAUUCAUUUGGCCCGACAUAUCCUUGUCAAAGGAUGCGGGAAGGACGGCGAUGACUCGACCAACAACCAAAACGGGGUCGAUAUCAAGGGCGAAGGACGAAGCGAGGACGGUAGUCCUCUUCUCAACGGGCGUUGA